AUGGUGAGAUUAAAUCAAAUCAUAACUAUUGUAACAAUAUUUGUUUUAGUAUUAGCAAUUGUUGUUGAUGCAAGAGUAUCUAGACCAGACCUACAUAAACUUGUUGAUUUCACCAAACAAUCGAUUGCAUCUGGAGCUUCACUUGUCAAUGUUUAUUCAACAUUUGAACAACAACAGAUUGGUGGUUCAUCAUCUGAAUCAAUAUCACCACAAUGUGAAACAGAUUUAUAUGCUUUAUCAAAAUUAAAGUAUCCAAGCUCAUUUGAAAGUAUUUUACUAAGCAAUGUUUCACAAUAUUGUGCAGUGACCACUGAUAAUGGAUUUGUUACUGCAUUGGCUGCAUUAUGUCUUCCCUCUUCAUGCUCAGAGACUGACAUUAAUAUGGCAUUACAAACAUUGAUCAAUAUGACUGGUAUGGCCCCUUACUUGGAAGAGGCUGGUCUUGGAGGUGGUUUUGACAUUCAUUGUUAUUCUGGUGAUAAUCUUACUGACAAGUUACCAAUGACUGCUGGUCCAAUUGUAAUGAUUAUCUUGUGUUCUAUUAUCGCCGCCUUUGUGUGUGCUGGUACUAUUGCUGAAUACUAUCUCUAUACACAUAAGGCAAUAGCCAAAAAGAAUCAAGACACUGAAUCAUACCGUAUCAGUAGCAACAAAAACGAUGAUUGGGAAAAGAAUCAAAUCAACCACAACAGCAGCUACCAAGGAGAUAUGAAAGAGGCCUCCACACCACUCCAAAUACUAUUGGCAUUCUCGUUGAUCCAAAACUACCAUAGUUUUACAACCUCAUCCUCUGACAAGAAACAUUUUGAUGUGUUGGAUGGCAUCCGUUUCUUUGGUACCUGUUGGGUUGUCAUUGGUCACAACAUUUUAUUCAACAUUAAUUUUGGAUAUGAUAAUUUACAAACUGUCUUGGUUAAUAUCGUCCCAACUGUACCAUUCCAAUUGAUAAGUGCUGCAGAAUUUGCAGUUGAUACCUUUUUCAUGUUGUCUGGAUUUUUGGUUUGUAACAGUUUGUUGCAACAACUUGAAAAAGCAACUUAUAUUGAUGGACCAAAAUACAAGUUUUGGUUAAAAUACAUUGUACAUCGAUAUAUCCGUCUCUCGCCACUCUACUUUUUCAUGUUGUUUUUCUUUUGGAAACUUAGUCCUCAAAUUGGUUCUGGUCCAUGGUGGUUUGGUUAUUAUAGUGUAGCUUCUAGUUGUGAAAAUUCCUGGUGGUCUAACCUCUUGUACAUCAACACUUUGUACCCACAAACCAGCUGUAUGGGAUGGAGUUGGUACCUUGGGGAUGACAUGAUCUACUAUAUCUUUGUCGCUCCUAUAGCCGCAGUCCUUUACAAAAAGAACAAAAAGUUUGGAGUUGCUUUUGUGUUUGUACUUUUUGCCAUUACCUUUACAACCAAUUUUUGGAUCACUUUAAAGUAUAAACUCAAUACCUUUUUCGAGUUUACCCAACUACAAGGAAAGGUAACUAAUUUUACAACUGAUAUUUAUCAAAAGCCCUGGACAAGAGUUGGUGCCUAUGCAGUUGGUUUGGCCAUGGCAAUGAUUGUUGACACACCAGUCAUUAUGCGAGUCAUCAAAAACAAGGCACCUGUUCGUUACCUCUCCUAUAUCAUUGCACUUGGUAUCACCACUUUCUUUACAUUCAUCUCUUACAAUUCAUAUAUUGGUGAUGGAUGGUCAACUCUUCAUAAUGCCUUUUUCAAUGCAUCUGGACAUACUGGAUUUGUUAUUGGUGCUGGUCUAUUUAUCAUCACUGCCUUUGCAGGUCGUGGUGGGAUUGUUGCAUGGUUUUGUAGAUGUUGCCGCCACCUCGAUAUUCAACCUUGUAAUUUCUUUGGCAUGUGCCUUUAUUCUUCAUCUUACAAUUGA